AUGGAUAAAAGUGUGUUCAGCAUCCUCGUCUCCACCAAGCAGAUGACACCCAGAUCUAUCACCUGUCAGAAGGACAGGAUGCUGCUCGGCUCAGCUCGGCUCCAGAGGAAUGAAGACGAAGACCCAGCUACACAGGUCAGCCCUGCAGAGCUACAAGAUGUGUUCCAGGAAACGGCGUCCAACAUCUUCCAGAUCAAUGCCAACGUUGUCACCUUGGAGAAGAAUCUCCAGUCACUGGGAACGUCCAGAGAUACAGCAGAGCUGUGGCCGAGCCUACACAGCACCCAGCAGCAAACCAACAAGGUCAUCACCAGCACCAGUCAUCUCAUCAAACAGCUCUCUGACAUAAUCAGCGGCUCUUCACGGCAAGAUCGCCUUCGCCUAACCAGACUGAAGACGGAGCUCUCCGAUUCUGUGCAGCGCUACGGGGAUCUCCAGAAGAAAAUUGCCGAGCGCUCGAGGGCCUUGCUGCCGCCGGCACACAGCGACACAACCAAGAGUCCCCAGACCCCGUCCAGUGAGCAUAAUCAAGAGGACCUCCUGUUUGGAGCAGCAGCAGGUUCAGAUGGAGGGGCUCAAGCUUUCCUGUCAGAGAUCAGUGAAGAAGAUGUGGAGGUGCUUCGUCAGAGAGAAGAGGCCCUGCUCCAGAUCGAGAGAGAUAUGCUCGAUGUCAGUCAAAUAAUGAAGGAUCUGGCCAGCAUGGUCCACGAACAGGGAGAUGCCAUCGACAGUAUUGAAGAUUACAUCCAGACUGCGUCAUCCAACGUGGACUCGGCCAACCAGGAACUUGCCAAAGCCAGCCAGUACCAGAGACAGCUGAGGAAAAGGAAGUGUUACCUGGCGGUGGCUGCAGCUGUUAUCCUUGCCAUCCUCAUCCUCAUCGUUGCUGUUUCAGCAAGGAAAUGAGACGGCCGUCAGCGGUGAGUCACAGCGGGACUCCGAGGCUCUUGUAUCAGAUUCUUCACACCUCUGGGUUUGCUUUAAUAUUUGUCAAACCGUGUUGACAUGCAGCCUGAAUUUUGGUGUGUCUAUUGUCUCUCACACACACACACACACAC